AAAACCCCUCAACCACCCGGAAGUCGGCUCCUUUGUUAACCACGGGUGUAUUCACGUGAUGUGGAAUGGAGAUAUUUGGUUUACUAUAGCAUUACAAUUCUGUGGCCAAAAUAUAUGGCGUCGCAGCAAGAUCUUCCUUAUGGAAAAGGAGUUGAUUAAUUUCAAAUUGUGGCUUCUGAAUUCAAUCAUAUGCAUUUAAAUUCUCCCUCCCCAUACCGGAUUAUCCUCUGUUAAACUUCUCUCUGUCAUUUGUGUGUGGCUGUGUGUGUGUGCGUGUGUGUGUGUGUGUGUGCGAGUGUGUGUGUGGAUUUGUAGUGAAGAAGUCAAAAGCAGCCCCCUGGUUGAUGGCUGAAAGUGGUCCUCUGCCCGCCAACAGGGGACUGUAAACAUUUGCAAAAGGCCAGGAUGCAUUCAAGCCCCGUCCCUCUUAUUUGUCCUCUGUCUCUCUCUAUCUCGCUCUUUUUUUUUAUUUUUUUACAUUAACUUCCAUCUCUCCUUGGUGCUUUAGAGCAAAGCACUAGAUGUUACGUAAACGUUACGUAGUUGCUCAAACGUGGACCUAUUCAAUAUUCAAACGGAGUAUACCACAGGUGGCACUCACACAAGGUUCCUUAUGAUGCUCAAGCAUGCUUUAAGAUGUGCAUUUGUACCUUCUGAAAAGAGCAAAUUCGUAUUUUGCAUGAUAUCUUUAAGACUGUAAGGCCACCGUAUCCUGCUCAUGCUUCAUCAGUCCGUCUGCGAGUUACAAAUAACUACCGCCGUGCAAAACAGUCUCAGAGUACUCUGGUGAGUGGUCUGUACAGUGACAAAGUUGUAAAACACAUUUCAGAUUGUAGGUUAGGGCCAAACAGUAAAUACUAUUAAAAAAAAAAAUUAAGGGCCAAAUAAUGUUUUAAAGAAAAAAGUUGAAAUAUUAAGAAAAUAGUAAGCAUAUUCUGAGCAAAUAAAUUUUAGUUUGAUGAGAAUGUCAUGAGAAUAAAACAAUGAAUCUAGGGGCAAAAUAAUUUUAAGAAAAUAUUGUAAAUAUAGAAAAAUUAAUAGUAUUACAUUUCAGCAUAUAAUAAAUACGCUUAAUUUAAACAAUUUAAAUCCAAAUGUUUAUUAUUGUGUAAUUCUAUUAUAAUUUAUUAAAUUAAAAUUUAAAUUUGAACUUAGUCAAAAUGUGAGACUCAAUUUUCAAUGUGACAAAAGUUGUCUUUUUUUUUUUUUUUUUUUGCAUUUACAUUAUUUGGCAAUGUUUUCAAUCACAAAUAUGUCAAAAUGGAAAAUUUAAGAUGAAAGUCAAAGUAUGAAGAUGGCUUGUGUUUUUAAUAGCUGAAAUUACAAAUGUGCAGCAGUACCUCUACUUACGAAAUUAAUUCGUUCCGGAAGACUUUGUAGCGUGAAUUUUUCGUAAGUAGAAGCGCAUUUACAUGUAAAUAGCCUAAUCCGUUCCGAGCCCCAUGCCAAAAAUAAGCAUUUGAAGUACGUAAUGUAAAGAAUAAUAAAAAUGAUUUUCAUUUAACUGGCGUUGGGGCGAUGGAUACAGUGUCCACUUAGAAUCCAAAACAGGUUUGAGAGCAACCAUAUUCAUUUUAAGGUUUUUUCAUAAUAGUCUGAGGUAACCGUCUGGGAUGGCCGCCGACAUGACUCACUGGAUGUUGCUACACUGUUUAACAUUUAACAGUGGUCUUCUUUUUGUUGUUGUGUUUUACAGUUGUUUUUCCCUGGCUCAGCCAGUCCCGUAGACUGAAACGCUGCUGCAGAAAAUACCACCCGACUUAAUUUUGUCUCCUGCAGCCAUUUUCUCUCCCCCCCUCUCUCUUUCUCCAGUGUGCUCUUUUAUUGUUUACAUGUUGUCACGUGUGUAUGUGUGCGUGCGCGUGUGUGUCCAUGAUAUCUGACUGUCAAGAGUUUUAGAGGAAUUAAACGGGGUCGCGGCGUUUCACUGCACGGUAAGCAGUAGCAUGCUGUUGGGGUGCCUUAGUCAAGGUGGUGGGACUUGGGAGCUGUUUCAAAACAGUUCAAGAGAAGAAUGACAUCCAAUUACAAAAGACAAAGCUAGGCAAAACCCCAGACCGAAACCCUAUUGAAAAUCUGACCUCAUAAAAGAUACCCUUGCUAUACUACGUCUUUGCAAAGACGAGCUUGCAGAUAUUUAGAUGCCCCAUGCUAAUAAACUCCUACCAAGAAUUAACGUACGCGGGGUCCUCGGUUUGCAACUGCCCCAACAUAAAUUUCAAGAUUAUGAAAUAGUGUUACCUGUACUUACGAAAAUUAAUUUGUUGCAGAAGUCAUCUCGUAACGUGAUUUUUUUUUUUUUUUUUUUUUUUUUUUUUUUUUUAACGAGCUUUUUACUUGUAAAUAGACUACUCCGUUACGGGUCCCUGUCCUUCGCCAAAAAUAAACGUUCAAAGUAGAUAAUUUGAAGAAGAAUAAAGAUCUUCAUCUAUAUUUAGCGUCGGGCGACUGCGAAGAGAAGGCUGAGUGAGGCGCAAAAGGCAUCGCUGGGGACGGAGCAGGAGGUAAAUGUUUGACAUCUGAGAGAAAACACGUGCGACUGGACGCACGCGCACAACUUAACUCCGCUAAAGUUUCUUGGGGCCCGUGAGAAGAAUGAACUUGCGAUAGCAUGAUUGGGUGAUAGUUGAGUGUCCAAGGGAAGCAAAAAGCAUUAUGGGUGAAGAUUAACAUCUCUCCCGGCCAAUGGAAUGCCUGGAAAAUGCUAUGGCAAUACCCAAUGUGGGAGCAGUUCAAUCACGCCACACAAACCAAGAUAGAGGAUGUGCAUCAUGGGUAAAGAGUGACAUCCCUCUUAGCCAAUGGGAGGCCAGGAAGAUGCUACAGCGAUAGCCAAUGGCAGAACAGCUCUGUCGCGCAAAACAAACCAAGAUACAGGAUGUUUGCGUUUGGUGGGAUUUUGGGGCUGUCAAUCUAGUGCUUGUUUUUUUUUUGUUGUUUUUGUUUUUUUUUCCCUUUCGUAUCCUGUAUUUUCCUUUGUAACUAGAAAAUAUAUUUCCAGGGAGGGUUUUCUUAACCUGAAUUAUUGGUUCGACUUUCGUAAGUGGAGGUACCACUGUAGUGAUGCCUAGGUUAUUUUUUCAAAGAGUUUAUAUAAGUUGUGUGUCACACACUGACUAACUCAAAUUUGUGAUUAAGCGCUGCGGUAGCAGUGAUUGCAACUCUGCACACGUUGCAACAGGCAGCAGUUUGGCAAAUAGUGAACCAUUCUUCAAAUAAAGAGGCUCGAAGCUGCUUAAUGACUCCCAGUUAAUGUUUACACUCCACCCUAACAUGUAGAGAAAUAUACAAGUAUUUAGGAUCUUUGGCUAGACGUAUUUAUCUUAUUGCUAAUAUACAAUGUGAAAUGCCACGGACAAGCUGUUAGCUUUCCAUGAGGUAAAUAUGUUUAGCUAAAUGCUAAUGUACAAUGCAAAACGCUAUAGACUGGCUAAGAAAUGCAGCAGCGUUCGUGCUGGAACCCUUAAAACGCAAACAGUGGAGCAUCACUCAUGGCAUAUAUUCUUCAUUUUCUGAAGAAUUUCACAUUUCUGUUAUUUCUCCAUCUAUAUUAUGUCGUGCUGCUUCCAAAUCUAUCAUUUCUGAUAGUACUGGUUUCCAUUCAUUUCAAUGGUGUAAGAGAUUUGAGAGAACUAACUAAUCUACCUCAAGGCGUCACUCUUUUGCACGAUAGAAGAAGAAUAGGUCUUUGAAACUUUGUAGACUUGCAUUCAAAUUUGUAACGUGGUGGAAAACUGAGGACCCCGGUGUUAUGUUUCGCAACGUCAUACUUAGCAUACUUAUUUCAUGCCCGAAUUGUUUCAUUUCGGAAAUGUGCAGGUUCCAGGUCACGUGGUUUUUAUUAAAUCAGGGGUGUGUUCACUUGCCAUGAUACUUAAUUCAAGACCAUCAAACCAUAGCAAAGGGGAAGACUGCAAAAAUAUUUUUGGUUGCUAUUUUAUUUAUCUUUAUUUUUUACUUUCCUGACUUGAGUAGUUGAGUGUAAUAAAUGCAUUGACAGGUAAGAGAACAAAAAAAAAUGUUACAGCAGGUUGAUGCUGCUGCUAUCAUGUGGUAUAUUUCACUGUGAUGUGUUAUUUAAAAAAAAAAAAUUCUUUUUUUUUUUUUUUUUUUAAAUUUUGGAGACAUUGUCAAGACUUUUUGCCAACCGCCCUAAAAUUCUCUCUGUUGUUUGUAUCUCCGAUUUUUUUCUCUGUGUGCUUUUUAGUAGCGAAGGCGCCGUGAGUGAGUCGCUUGUUUGAGUAAAGCGUCUAAAUGAAAACUCACUGCCCAUUGGAGAAGAGCUGGGCUUGCUCACGUUUGGUUCAUGACUUAGCAAACACGUUCAGGAUCCAUCCCGGACGAGGCCAAAGCACUGUCCCUGCUGGCCCCGGCAAACGCCGUUGCGGGGAUCCUGCCCGGAGGAGGACUUCUCCCCACGCCCAACCCCAUGCCCAGUCCUGCCAUGGGAGCGAACCCGUUUGCUGGUCUCAACAUGGAUGCAAUGGCUGCGUUUGGAUUCCCGGGACCCAACAUGAAUCCUCAGGCUGCUGAUCAACUGCUGAAGCUCAUGACGGAUCCUCAACUGAACCCACUGGCCGCCGGCUUGAACCUGAGCGCCGGCCUCAAAGCCGAUGCAGCCAACAAGGAAAUGGAAGAAGCCAUGAAGCGAGUCCGAGAGGCACAGUCGCUCAUUUCUGCAGCCAUAGAACCGGGAAAUGACAGCCGCAAGAAACGUUCUCGGUCCAGGUCCCGAAGGAGGCGCUCCAGAUCCAGGUCUAGACGCAGGCGAAGCGGCAGCAGGUCCAGACGACGUUCGGUCUCCAGAAGCAGGCGGCGCUCCAAAAGCCCUCGCAGGAGGCGGAGCCGCUCCAGAGACAGAGGCCGGCGCUCCAGGAGCAGAUCCAGGGAUCGUAAGAAGGAAGACACUGCAAGGAGGCGGUCCAAAACGCCGCCCAAGAGCUACAGCACCACUCGCCGGUCACGCAGCAUCAGCCGGAGACGCAGGCGCAGUCGCAGCGCCAGCCGCUCCCCCAAGAAGUCCCCCAAGAGGCGGAGCUCCAGAUCGCCGUCGCCUCGCAGGCACAAGAAGGAAAAGAAGCGAGACAAGGAGCGCGAGCGCCGCAGCGAAAAGGAAAGAGGACGAGAGGAGAGGGAGAGGUCCACCAGCAAGAAGAAGCGAAGCAGGGACAAGGAGAGGGAGAGAGAGCGGGAGAGAGAGAGAGAGAGAGAGAGGGAGAGGGACCGGGAGCGGGAGCGGGACCGCAAGUCUGACGCGGGAGACAAGGAAGAUAUCAAGAUCACGAGGGAUUACGACGAAGAGGAGCAGGGCUACGACAGCGAGAAGGAGCGUCAGGAGAGGAAGGCGUCAGACUACUCGGACUCGGACUACCCGCCCCAGUUUGCCGACGGCAACGGUGAUUCUCGGCAGGCCAACGGCGACGACGACGACGACGGCGACGCCAACGAGGACGACAUGGACGUCAGCGACUGAGCGCUCCGUCACGCUCUGGUCAAAGAAAAGGAAAACUUUCCACGUCAUGAUUUGCCUCCUCUCCGCCCGUCACAUUUAGCGUGUUUCGAUGCUUGUCACAGUUCAACUGGAAGUCCAAUUGUUGCUUUUCUGCUCACGUUAUGCAUAAAAUAUGGCGUUUUUUUAUGUUUUUUUUUUUUUUUUUUUGGGUAGGCUCUCCCUUGUCAAUGUUAGCAUCUUAUUUUGAAAUGUUUGAAACGUUUCUUUUAUCAUGGUUUUCUUUUCUAUAAAUAAAAAGUCAUUUGGUAAAUGA